UCCAUCUUAAGACAAGAACAACAAUAACAAAGUCAACGGUGCAGUAUAUAAUUCUUGUGUGACUCUUAAUAUCAUUAAUGGAAGGAAGCUUGGAAGGUAUGCUGAUGAAAGUGAGCAUUUUCGCUCUGGUUCAAGCUCUUGUAUAUCUUAUUCUCUCUACAUCUUCGAGUGUUUUCUCUAAGUCAAACACGAUGAAUAGACUUCAUAGUUUCCGGUCAGCGAGAUCCAUGAGCAUCAGCCGGAUUCUGGCGGUUCUUCAGGAUAUGCCUGCAGGCGGCGAGAUUUCUCCUUCUUCCAUGAGUCUCUCUUCUUCUCUUGCUUCUCCUUCAUCGUCACCACGUAUAUGAUUCAGUAGUUUCUGGUGAAUUAUGUUUGAAUAUUUUUUGUUUUUGGUAAAAUAAUUAUGUUUGAAUAUUGU